AGUAGUGUGAAUAUAUUAUAUAAUAUGAUAGUCUCGCGGCUAUUAAGAAGACGAUUUUUGCUAAGUUGGUUAUGGUGUGUUGUUUCUUCUUUUUUUUCUCUCUCGCUCAGGUAAUUAGGUUGGUGUUUGAGAAAUAAUACUAAAAAUGACGAACUUACAAAGCUCUCCUCCAUCCUUCAAUUACUACAACAGGAAGAAAUUGGUCACAAUCCUUAGCAUCGACGGUGGUGGUAUUCGAGGCAUUAUUCCUGCUGUCAUUCUUGCUUUUCUUGAGCGACUUCUUCAGGAGUUGGAUGGAGAGGAAGUAAGACUAGCAGAUUAUUUUGAUGUGAUAGCAGGAACAAGCACGGGAGGGUUGAUUACAGCCAUGUUAACUGCACCAGAUGACUAUAAUCGUCCUCUAUAUGCUGCGAAAGAUAUCACAACAUUUUACUUGAAGCAUGGUCCUCAAAUAUUUCCUCAGGAAAGGGGACCACUUGCUCAGCUGAUUAGCUUCAUCAAAGCAAUGACAGGGCCAAAAUAUGAUGGCAAGUAUCUACGCCAUAUGCUAAGGGAAAAAUUAAAAGAGACAAGGUUGCAUCACACACUAACAAAUGUUGUCAUUCCAACUUUUGACAUUAAGACCUUCCAACCAGUUAUAUUCUCUUCCUACAAGAUUCUAAGUUAUCCUGAUUUGGAUGCGAAAUUAUCAGAUAUAUGUAUAGGCACAUCGGCCGCUCCUACCAUUCUGCCUUCUUUCUAUUUUCAAAAUGCAUUUGAAAAUGGAAAGACAAGGGAAUUCAACCUCAUUGAUGGUGGAAUUGUGAGUACAAAUCCGACUUAUCUGGCAAUAAAUGAAGUUACCAAACAAAUGAUGAAGGAGAAUCCAGAUUACGGGACCAUCCAUAAUAAGUUGCUGGUUUUAUCGAUAGGAACAGGAUCAGGAAAAAUUGAGCAGAAAUACAAUGCUAAAACUGCAGGAAAGUGGGGGCUUGUCUCUUGGCUUUUUCAAAAUGGAUCAUCACCAAUUAUAAGUGUUUUUUAUGAAGCCGGGGCUGACUUAGUUGAUUACCAAAAUAAUAUCCUCUUCCAAUCGUUUCGUUCAGAGGACAAGUACCUUCGUGUUCAAGAUGACAGCUUAACAGGAACAACUGCUUCAACAGAUGUAGCAACAGAGAAGAACUUGGAAAAUCUAGUGAAAAUUGGUCAAGAAUUGCUCAACAAACCAGCCAGCAGGGUAGACCCAGAAACCGGGCAUCUGAAAGCAAUUCCACACCUUGGUACCAAUGCAGAUGCUCUUCGAAGGUUCGCAAAACAACUCUCGGAUGAAAGAAAAUACCGCAGGGGUAAAGACUCCAAUCAGAUGCAAGAGUACAGCUGAGCUGACGAUGUGCAGGCAUUUCUGAGUACUGAGCUGUCUUUGAUUGUAUACUAUAUGAUAAACGUGUGCAAUGUAAUUGACCUCAAAUCUUCUAUCUCAUAAUUUUUGUACUAUUCUA